UGAUUUACUUCUCAACAUACAUUUUGCGCUGGUCACCGAGAGACCAUCUGCACUUUAAAAACGCGAAGCGCAAAAUAUCUUAUAGCUGUCGAGUCUUAUUUUCAGUAAACGUUAAUGCUACCUAAACCCCAGCAAUAACUUUGUCUACAAGUUGCUUACUUCAUCGAAACGGGCACAGAAAUCAUGACGGCGGAGCAGCAUAGCCUGGUGGAUUUGGCCAAAGGUCAGCUCAAUUUGGACUACGGUGACUUUGACAUGACGAGAUUUGAUGUGAAAAAAGAGGCGGCGGUUGCGGUACAGGACCGCGCGUUUAUUCAACAGUGCGGUGUACACGUACCGGGUUCAUUGUCCACCACACCAAUGAGCACCCCGUGCAGCUCCGUGCCCUCAUCGCCCAGCUUCAGCCCAAGUGGACAGAGAAGCGGUGCUGAUGAUCUCUACUGGACCCUGAGCACGGGAGCUUAUCAACAGCACCCAGAUCCACACUGUCUUGAACUGACACCCGAGGACGUCCGGGAAGCCCUAAGCUCAAAUUUGAUGCAUGGACACGGAGCGCAUCAACAGAUGCAUCAACAGCAACACCAAGCAAAUAUGGAUGGAUACAGGAGCAUGGGUCAGUUCCAUAGCCACGCGUCAAACAUGCAACAGUAUCAGCACCAGCAGUACACCGAACUCGGGCAGGAUCCCGACGCGCUCCAGGUGCGCCCUGGUGCGCACGAGUUUGCGCACAGCAAAAGCCUAGAUCAGUUCAUGCAACAGCUCGACUGCUCAUCUCAAGGUGCGACACACCUGCUGAAAUCCCAUAACAUCCAACAGCAGCACAGAAGAAACGAGCGCGGGCUGAGCGUGGAGAGCCGCUUCUCGGACCAGCAGUUGGUGUCCAUGUCUGUGCGCGAGCUGAACCGGCACAUCCGUGGCAUGGGCAAGGACGAUAUUAUCCGCCUGAAGCAGAAACGCCGUACGCUGAAAAACCGUGGAUACGCUCAGUCGUGCAGACACAAACGGGUUCAGCAGAAGCACAUUCUGGAGCACGAGAAGACUAGCCUCGUUACGCAGGUGGAGCAGCUGAAGCACGAUCUCAACCGGCUGGUGCGCGAGAGGGACGCGUAUAAACUGAAAUGCGAGAGGUUAGUUGUGGGAUUUAACUGCCAGAAUAAGGGAUCCACCAGUGAAAAUCCAUCAUCGCCUGAAUUUCUGCGAUAAUUGAACUGUUUUUCUAGCACCUUAUGGACAUAAUAACGUACUUUGGGCUUCUAAAGUUUCUUUCCUUUUGCAGAGAAAAGUUUUGAUUCUCUAAUUUUAGUAUUUUAUAUUUUUACUUUAGAGAAUUUAUCUCCGAGAUGUCAAGCUGGUUUUGAUAUUGUCCCUUUUAUCAUUUGUUUUCACAACACCAUCAGUCAUUCUAGCUAUGCAAAUGACAUUUGACCCUUUCGACAAUAGAUGCAUUGCGUUGCUUAUUUGUCUAAAUGUCUUAUCAAGAUAGAUCUUGUUGCUUUGUUUAUCUUCCAUUUGUUUUGUUAAUCAAUUGUUGCCUACCAUUACCAAGUUAUGUUCCCUAAAAACAUCUGAAGACAGUUGUGAUUCACAUUUCAUUUUUAGAUUAAUACUUUUUUCAAUAAAAAUACAUUCUUCCUAAUCUUUGUGAAUGCAGUUUU